CAUUUUUUGUUCUUUAGCACACAGAGUUCGACUUUUCUUAUAUGAACUCACCAAAAAGUCACAUAUCCUUUUGGCUGUGUAUCCGAUUUGGUGCUCUAUCACAUCACCUGAAUCUAUCUUGAAGAUUGGAUCAUAGUUCUAGAUCUUCCUUUUUCAGAUUCUGGAUUCUUCUCCUCACAACAUCAUCACUACUUCAGCAGCAGGUUCAUCUUUUGGGAAUUUCUGUUGUGGUAAAUUUUGGAUGAGUUUGGGAGUAUUAUGAAUGGUUGGAACCUGUGCAUGAUUUGAUUUUUUGAGAAAAGGCUUCUAAGAUGGAGAAGAAACGAAAGAUAGUGCAGUAUAGGGAGAGGCUGGAUAGGACUCUUGCUUCUGCUGAUCUUACAAAUGUUGAGAUACUCAAAAAGCUUGUCAAAAGUCAACUCAUAACUUCAUCAGAACUAGAAGAUGAAGGAUAUAAGGAGAAAUUAGUAGAACAUAAAACUGCAGAGAUAUCUAACUUUCUUGAUAUGUUGAGGAGUGCUUCGGAUGAUCAUGGAAGGUCUAAUACAUCACAUAAUGAUUGGAAAUUAAAACAGGAUGGUGACGAGUUUCGUGUUAUGUAUCGUCAAGGACCGGAGGGAACUCCCUUUCAUACAAUGCUAGUGGAAGGUUUUGUCGAUGGACCUGUUGAUGUUUGUUUAUGUAUCUCAUGGCAGACCUCACUUUACAAAAAAUGGUGGCCUCAGUCUACUAUCCCUACUUUCAAAAUCUUAUCAUGUGAAUGUUUAGAGCAAGUCCAGAUUGGGGAACAGAUAUCACUAGUGAGGAUGAAGGUUUCGUGGCCUCUGUCUAUGAGGGAAGCUGUAGUGCACUAUUAUUUGUUUGAAUACUUUCAAGAGGACUUAGUUGUUGUUCUUACGAAUUCGGUUCCUGAUUCAAAGAGUGUCACGGGUACCUUUUCCGGUUUCAAUGAUGAAGCAAUUCCUGAAGCAAAGGAUGUCGUGAGAGUUGAUGUAGUGGGAGGGUUUGCCUUGCAAAAAUGUACAUCCGAAAGAAGUUACUUUCGGACAAUAGCGAAUAUGGAUGUAAAAGUUGAUUUUGUUCCUCCGUCUUUGAUUAACUUUAUUUCAAGGCAGCUCAUUGGCAACGGUUUUAGGCUUUAUCAGAAGGUUGUGGCUUCUGUGAUGAGCCAAGAUAAAGAAGAAUUCAGCAAGGCCUUGGAUGAUCCAUUAUAUGCUAGAAUUCGCGAGGCUCUAUAUAGCACGAGUAGCGGGGAGCUUCCACAAGGUGCAAGAAUUCACCCUGCCGAAGAUCUUGUUGAAAGCAAGAAGGGUGAAGUAAAAGGUGUAUCUAAAGAGGAUAAAAGAAGUCAACAUUCAAAUAAUGUCGUGUCAUCAGCAACGAAUGCAACAAUACUAGAAAGUAACGAGUCAUUUGGCGAGAUUGUGGAGUUAGGUAAGGAAGAGAUUGUAGAAAGUAUGGAGAAUAAUGUGAAAGUAAAUGACAUUCCAAAUGACGAAGGUGGUGCGAUUGUACAAAAAGGCAAGAGGAGUGUAUAUAUCCGGUCGGAGGUUGAACAAGCUCUAGAAACAUUAGACAAGGCCAUUUCAAUGGUUAGGGAAUACCGAUUACGUUCCCCAAUUGCCUCUUCUAGCUUUGCCAAUGAAGAGUCUCCUUGCAUGAAAAAAUAUGGUAGAGUUGAUUCGUUUUCCAUAAAAACUGUUAAACCUUGUGAUAAAAAUGAGGUUAGAGUUGAUUCAUAUUCUUCGGAAAAUGGAGCAAUUCUAGACCAAGCAACACGCCGCAACAAGCAAUUAAACGCUAAUUUGGUUCAAGACAUCUCUUCAGAUGACAAAGCCAAGUCAAGAAGAAAGAAAAAAACUAACAUCACUAUAAAUCAAGGUAAUAUGUCUUCAAAUAAACCAAAGAAGUUGAGCAGGCAUACAAGAUAUUUGUGCUGUAGUUUUUUGCAUUAACCAAAAGGCGAAAGCUUAAUGGUUAAGAGGAGAGGAAAGAAGACAUGCAUUUUGAGCCUUUGAGCAUAUUGGCAACAUGUAACCCCAAAUCUCAAUAACUUAUUACACAUUUUGUAUACCAUAGGUGAUGAUUUAAUAAUGGUUAGGUAGUCAAAUAUACGUAUACAAGGUUCUCCGUGAACCAACAUGGUGUGGCAGUUAGUACAUAUUUGGGUCUUAGUAUAACCAUUUAGUCGGACGUUUGAUCUGUUGUUGGUGCAUGUAUAAAAAAUAUUUAUUGGAAGAGGUCAACCUCUAAAGGGAUUUCAGUUA